AUGCCUAUCGUUCCUCAAAGUUUUAAACGGAAAUCUGCCUUUCUGACGUCUGAAAUUAUCGCACAUCACCAGACUGAGCAUGCAAAUCAAAGCAAGACAAGCUCUAACGCUGCGACCCCUCUUGUCAAGGGUGACCCUCUUGUUGACCCCCAAGUCUGCAGCAACCCAGAAGUAAGAGUGACUGAGGUACCUGAUCUACCGCCUCAGUCCAUUUCCAACAACCUGUCAAUUUCUGCACACUCAGGCUCCAGGCCGACCUCAACAACGCACAAGAAGAAAUCAACAACAGAUUGUGCAUCUUCGUCAACGGUGGGCCAUACCUUGGGAUUUAACAACCUGGGGGACCUGGGAGUUGAUAUCCCUCAGCUUUCAGUAAUCUCCAAUAACGGAAAAACUCAGUCAUUCGGCUCAAAAUCGUCCAACACCUCACAUUUGGGCGUACAGACCGCUUUUGGAUCAUCAAAGGGGUUAAUCGCAUCAGAGUCCAACAUUUUUGCCAAAACAGUGUACUGGAAACCUGGGAAGAGUAUGCCAUGGGGAUGGAGCAGCAUUUUCAGGGUGAAAAUGCCACAAUCCACCAAGUUGAUCAAUUCAUUUGUUAUACCACUUUCCCUAUGA